GAGAGUGAGUCAGGAACAGCAUCAGCUGUGAGUCACUCGUAAUAGUCAUAACAUAUGAUUAUGAAUGAAUGGGUUGUAAGUUAUUGUUAUGUGGUGUUAACUGUUAAGUAAUUUAUAUUGUGUUAAAAUUAAAACGUAACCUAUGUUGAGUAUAUUCAAAGGAAUUGUUGCAUCAAAACUAUUAAUUUAUUGUUUAGGAAAAUCCCCUUUCUAAUAAUUACUCCUUUUAUUACACUAUGGUUUACCACUGGCAAUCUCACAAUGUCAAACUCUCGGGGGUGGAUGACAUGGUUCUACUGUCAACUGUUACUGAUGAUGCUAUCGUGGAUAACCUCAAGAAACGAUAUAUGGAUGAUUAUAUUUUUACCUGUAUUGGGCCAGUACUGGUGUCUGUCAACCCCUUCAAGCAGAUGCCAUAUUUUGGGGACAAAGAGAUCGAGAUGUAUCAAGGAGCAGCUCCAUACGAGAAUCCCCCUCACAUUUAUGCUUUGGCAGACAACAUGUUCCGCAAUCUCAUCAUUGACAGUGAGAACCAGUGUGUUAUCAUCAGCGGAGAGUCAGGGGCAGGCAAGACUGUGGCAGCCAAGUACAUCAUGGCCUACAUUGCUCGUGUGAGUGGUGGAGGUUCCCGAGUGCAGAGGGUCAAGGACGUCAUCCUGCAGUCCAAUCCACUUUUGGAAGCCUUCGGCAAUGCCAAGACUGUACGGAACAACAACUCCAGCCGAUUUGGCAAGUAUGUUGAGAUGCAGUUUGGUGCUGGAGGCCAGCCAGAGGGAGGGAAAGUGUCCAACUUCUUGCUGGAGAAAUCAAGAGUGACAUCGCAGAAUCCUGGAGAACGAUCCUUCCACAUCUUCUAUCAGCUGUGCUGUGGCACAGACCAGCAGACUAAACGAGAGUUGGGUUUGGUACAGAUGGAGCUGUUCCUGUAUCUCAGUGGAGGUGGCAGCCAUAAGGUUGAAGGCACCAAUGAUGCACAUGACUUCAACGAAACCUUAAAAGCCAUGAGCGUGAUGGGACUGGGUGAGCAGCAGCAGAGCGACAUUCUGAGGACUGUGGCUGCGAUUCUUCACCUUGGCAACGUCACCUUUACCGAGAAGGGAAACUACGCAGAGAUCGCCACUCCACCAAGUCUACAGUUCACGGCACACCUGCUGCAAGUAGAGAAGGAACAGUUGAGUUCCAAGCUGCGUAGCCGCAAGUUCGACAGCAAGUGGGGCAGUGUGGCUGACUCUAUAGAUGUAACCCUGACCUUGGAGCAGGCCACAUACACACGAGAUGCCCUAGCCAAGGCUCUCUAUGCCAGACUCUUUGACUUCCUAGUUAAGCAAGUGAAUGAAGCCAUGCAGACAAGAGUGGAGGGGAACAGUAUCGGAAUUCUGGACAUCUAUGGGUUUGAAAUAUUCAGCAGAAAUGGUUUUGAGCAGUUCUGCAUCAACUUUGUCAAUGAAAAGUUACAGCAGAUAUUCAUCCAACUGACACUCAAGGCUGAGCAGGAAGAGUAUGUGGCAGAGAACAUCAAGUGGACACCGAUAGAGUACUUCAAUAAUCAAGUGGUGGUGGAACUGAUGGAGGAUCGCAACCCUCCGGGGGUGUUCUGUGUGCUGGACGAUGUGUGCGCUACUCAGCACGCUGUCAACCGUGGUGUCGACAUAGACUUCCAAAAGAAACUCAACAAUGCAGUGAACACCCACGACCAUUUUUCGCUAACGAGAGAAGGCUUUGUGAUCCGCCACUAUGCCGGCAAUGUGUCGUACACUGUAGAGGGCUUCUGUGACCGCAAUCGUGAUGUGCUCUUUCUGGACCUCAUUCAGCUCAUGCAGUCAAGCAACAAUGCUUUCAUGCGGAGCCUAUUCCCAGACGAGUUUGCUGCAGCUGGCAAGACCAAAUCUCGGCCGACCACCGCAGGCAGCAAGAUCCGCAGUCAGGCCAACAAGUUGGUGGACAAGCUCAUGGCUUGCAGUCCUCAUUACAUCAGGUGUAUUAAGCCCAAUGAGAACAAAAGGCCGAAGGACUUUGACUCUGAGAGAGUACACCACCAAGUGGAAUAUCUGGGCUUGAGAGAGAACAUUCGUGUGAGGCGUGCGGGAUUCGCUUACAGACGAGCCUUCGCCAAAUUUCUUCAUAGAUACGCAGUUUUGACCAAAGAAACAUGGCCCCGGUGGACCAAAGAUGUCAGACAAGGGACAGAAUGGAUCCUGCGCAGUGUUGGGCUGGACGGUUCUCACUAUCAGCUGGGCAAGACUAAAGUGUUUAUUAAGGCUCCUGAAACGUUGUUUCUGCUGGAGGAGCAGAGAGAGCGCAGGUUCAACGUCUAUGCUCGAGUCAUCCAAAGAGCGUUCAAGAAAUAUUUUGCACAAAGGCAAAAGGAGCGUCAAAAAGCAGAGGCUGUCUCAUUGGUGCAUGGAAAGAAGCAAAGGAGGAAAUAUUCCAUCAACCGAUAUUUUACCUGUGAUUAUAUUGGAUUGGACUCAAAACCUGGUUUACAAAAUUUAAUAGGCAGAAGAGAAAAAGUUGUGUUUGCAGAAACUGUCAAGAAAUACGAUCGAAGGUUUAAGGUUGCAAGAAGGGAUCUAAUAUUAACGUCAAAAGCUCUUUAUCUCAUCGGCAGAGAAAGAGUAAAAAGAUCAAUUUGGUACUCAUGGCAAGACCCCAAUUAUCAAGAAGUGGUUAAGAGAAAGAUUGACUUUGACCAGAUCGGAGAUGUGACUCUCAGUCCACUGCAGGAUGAUUUUGUGGUGAUUCACCUGAAGAACGACUACGACAGCCUGCUGGAGAUUGUGUUCAAGACUGAGUUCUUGUGUGCUUUGGCCAAACAGUACCGAGCCAAUUCAAACCGAGACUUGCCCAUCAGAUUCCUUAACAGCUGUGAGUUUCGAGUCAAAAAACUUGCCUGGGGAGGAGGAGGGGUGCGAACUGUCAAGUUUGUGGAAGGUUCCAUGACGAACCAGGCUGUGCUCACAACAAGUGGUAAAACACUGACAGUCACGAUAGGCCCUGGCUUACCUGCAGACUCUAGGCCAGUGCAGAGGGUAAUACCAACUAUGACUCGAGCCCCCCACAGACCUGCUGCUGCGGUGAGACCACCUGCUCCAGCUAGAACAGCUCCUCCUCCACCACCAGUCACUACCAUCUUCCACCCUCGUGGCAGUAUCAGAGCACCACCCCCGCCCAGUGAGCCCGCACCACCCAACCAGCCUAAGCUGCAGAGGGUAACGCCUAGUCAGAUGAACCAAGUCCUUGCUGCUGCGGCCAAUAAACAGAUCCUUCUCAAUGUGUCCUUGAGGCCAGCAAACAAACCAAAGCCGGAGCUACCAGACAAGCCUCAGCUGCCGAGAUGUCGUGCGCUCUACGAUUACAGUGCUCAGGACCUGGACGAAAUCUCGUUCAAGGAGGGAGACAUUAUUGACCUUAUCAAAGAACAUGAAGGAGGAUGGUGGACUGGACGCCUGCGAGGGAAGGAAGGACUGUUGCCUGCCAACUAUGUACAAAAGCUUUAACCGUAACAAAAGUGAUUUAGUCCUAACAUGA